CCCCACCUCCCCCCCCCAAAAAAAAAAAAACACACAACAUAUUACCUUCCCUGGAAACAAACACGAGUACUUAGCCCUCUGGUUCUCCUAAUUAAGGUUUUCUCAUCCCAAACACAUACACACACAGCCACCCCCCACUCAGAGCAAGCCAGCUAGGGAGAGUCAGAGAUCUCUCUCUUACAUGGAGCACUACUGCUGGAAGCUGAGAUCACAAACAUCCUUCACCCGACCAUCUCUCAUUUACUGUCUCGUCAUUUUCGUACUCUUCACCACAACCAUGACAUGCUGUCUUGAUAUCAGUUUUACUUCAAUGUCCGGCAAAGCUGAUUUGUAUUUUCAGGAACAGAAACUUGACAAGAAACCGAGACAAGAAGACAGUAAAUUGGGGUCUUCUUCCGGGACCGGGAGUAGGAGGUUGUUGAGCGGGCCAGGGUCGUCGCCACCUCGUUGCAACUCAAAGUGCGGCAAGUGCACGCCUUGUAAGGCCGUUCAUGUGCCGGUGCCACCAGGAACGCCGGUGACUGCCGAGUAUUACCCGGAGGCCUGGAGGUGCAAAUGUGGCAAUAGGUUAUACAUGCCAUAAAUAUCCACCAUAUAUGCUCAUAUAUGUAUAUCAUUUUCCGAUCCUUACAUAUAUGCUUUGUCAUAAGGUUAUGAUCAUGAGUAGGAGAUCGACAACAAUAUUAGGUUAGUUUAGUCUAGUUAGUUUUGGUUGUCCUGAUUAUUGAGAUGAAUACGAAGUAUAGUGUCCUCUUAAUUAUUUA